AUGGACGAGAAGCAGCCUUGCACCCAGUGUCCUGAACCGAAGUUCCUCUGCUGGAAGAAAGAAACUGGGAAAGGAUGGGUAGAAGCGAGUCGAGCAGCGACGCAUGGGGAUGGUUCCGUGCUGCCUUCCAUCGACUAUGAUGUGUGCAUUGUCAACGCAAAAGCCCUCAGAAUCCGCCAAUGCCCAAGGUGUCGCGAGCAAUUUUCUAUCACCUACGAGGUGCCUGACUUGUGGUGGAAAGGGUACAGCAAAGGUGCCAACGGCUUCUUCGGCCAGGAUACCACUCUGGAUGAGAAAGGAAACAUUUCUGGGUUGAAUUCAUGGGCCCGAUUUCAGGUCAAACUGACGAACAACCCACACACCGGGUACGAAUGGUUCAAGCUGAACAUCUUGACGAGGUGGAUCGCAAAGACUCAGAAAACAAUCCUCGUCAUUUUCGAUCUUCGCCCGCCCUCCACGAGCUGCCUCGAACGAGUACCGGAUGACGAACUGGAUCCCAAACAGGAUCCCCUGUUCGCGGUCCCAGAUGAGCACAACUACAUCAGUCCAUACUGGAUUUACAUUCGCCUUCUGGAGAAGAUUGUCACGUUGCAGGAUGCAGCUGUGUGGUCGGUGCGCGACACUGUAAGGAGCACGGAGAAGGAGAGGGACGGGCCGCUGAAGCCAAAACCGGCGCCAGAAUUUCGCUAUUUGCACGAUACGGCCAGACAUGCGAUACAUGUGUCUGAAACCCUGGAUGUGGCGGUCAAGACCGCGAAGCAGAUUUUGGAGCAGCACAAAGCCUUCGAGGCAUACUCGGGCGGGGCGCAGCCUGAUGUGGUUGCCUGGAAGAAGGCUUGGAACCACACCGAGGGACGCCUGCGGUUCUUUGAGGGGAUGCUCGGCAGCCUGCAGGACCGCUCUGCCUCGAACAAGGCACGCUUGCUGAACGAAAUCGCUCUGGCAUUCAACAUGGUCGCUCAAUUCGACGCGGGCAUGUCUGUCGAUAUUGGCCGCGCCACUCAGAGAGACAGCGAGGCCAUGAAGACGGUCGCUUUUUUGACACUGCUAUUCCUGCCCGCCACAUUCGUUUCUGCUAUCUUCAGUACGACGUUUUUCGAGUUUGAUUCAGGCUCGGGUGAGUGGCUGAUGUCCGAUAAAUUUUGGGUUUACUGGGUCGUCGCCAUUCCAAUCACCAUCGCAACGGCUUCGCUGUGGUACUAUUGGCAACGCAUUUUCCCUCCACAGCUGUUCGGCGACAUGCGCUUCCAAGAACAGCAAGCCGACCCCUACACCGUUGCGUGGGUUGCGGCUCUUCCUCUCGAGAUGGCUGCUGCCACGGCCAUGCUUGACGAGACUCACGAGCCCCUAAUCAUGAGCUCGAACGACAGCAACCUAUAUGUCUUUGGAAACAUUGGCGACCACAACGUUGUCAUUGCAUGCUUGCCGUCGGGACAGUAUGGUAUCACCAAAGCAGCCUUGCUGGCUAACAAUAUGCGAUGGAGUUUCCCGUGCAUCAACAUUCGGCUCAUGGUCGGUAUCGGCGGAGGUGUCCCUAUGAAGUUUGAUAUUCGGCUUGGUGACGUUGUGGUCAGCUGCCCGACGCUGACAUCACCGGGAGUGAUUCAAUAUGACUUCGGGAAAACUGUCCAGGAAGGCCGAAUUCAAACGUCGAGAGCCCUCAACAAGCCACCACAAGAACUCCUUGUCGCCGUCGCAAAGCUGCGAGCGAUGCAUGAAUCGCAGCCAAGUCAGAUUCCCGUCUACCUCGCACAGAUGAUUACCCGGAAUCCUUCGAUGACUGCGUAUACAUAUCAAGGAGUUGGGAAGGACAGACUAUAUGAAGCCGGAUAUGAUCAUGUUGGACACAACUGCGAUGAGUGCGAUCUAUCGCGGCUAGUCGAGAGAGGGGCUCGACCGGACAACCACCCAAAAGUUCAUUACGGCGUUAUCGCUUCGGCGAACCAGGUCAUGAAACAUGGCUACACUCGAGAUCGUUUUGCGCAAGAGCACGAAAUUCUGUGCUUUGAAAUGGAAGCGGCUGGUCUUAUGGACAGUUUUCCAUGCUUGGUUAUCAGGGGGAUCUGCGACUACUCGGACACGCAUAAGACCCAAGGAUGGCAGGAGUACGCCGCUGCAACCGCAGCGGCUUACACGAAGGAGCUUCUCAACAUCAUUCCGGCGCGACGCAAUGCAUCACCACCGGCAGUCUUUGACCGGCCUAUGGAACACCGCAGCUGGAGCUUCGACAAGUACUUCUUGAGUCCUUGA